CAGAAAGGGUCGGAGAGGAGGAGGAGAGGAGGAGGAGGAGGGUGGCGAGGAGACAGAGAGCCGCGGUGGGAGCGCGGAGGAAGCUGGGGCAACUCGAGCUGGGAGGACCAGGAGGAACAUAGCCGAGGUGGAGGUAGAGGAGGAAGAGGAGGAGGAGGAGGAGGACGGGGAAAACACCCGCCUCACCUGAAAGGACGGGAGAUAGGACUCUGGUACGCCAAAUGGGGAGGCAUUAAGAGAAACGAGGCAGAGAGAAAAUCGAGAGCUGUAGUCCAGAUGGAUGAAUCCAGAGAGCAGCACAUCACACAGCUCCUGAAUUCAGUCCAGCGAGGGCCGCCCCAAGAAGCUCACCCCUCUGCCUUUCCGUACCAGCAGAUGAAGCAGGAGCCCAGCGGCCACAGUUACUUUGAUGGGGAUGAUCCUCUGGAACAACAGCAGCAGCCAGUGAAAGUGACAAAAAUCGAGCCAAAGGUGGAGAGGGAGACAGAAAAGGAGGAGAUGAAGAUGAAAGUGAAGGAGGAACCCAACGAAAGAGAUCUGGAAUAUCUGUUUCAAGAUUUGGUUCAAAAGCCGUCACUGGAUGCAGAGCUGAGGAGUGAUUUUCAAGCUAAACUAGAGAAUCCAAAAUACCUGGAAAUGCUGAAAUUCAGAGAGAAGUUGCCCUCCUACGGCAUGAGAGAGGAGCUGGUGAAUCUGAUAGAGGCGAACCGCGUGGUGGUGGUCAGCGGUGAAACUGGCUGCGGCAAAACCACGCAGGUCACACAGUUUAUCCUAGACGACUACAUCCAGCGUGGAUUGGGCUCCCUCUGCAGGGUGGUGUGCACCCAGCCAAGACGCAUCAGCGCCAUAUCCGUGGCAGAGAGGGUUGCAGCGGAGAGGGCGGAGCCUGUCGGAGAGGGGCGGUCCUGCGGGUAUCAGAUUCGUCUGCAGAGCCGGUUACCACGGAAACAGGGCUCGGUGUUGUAUUGUACGACGGGAAUUAUUCUUCAGUGGCUGCGCUCUGAUCCGUGUUUGUCCAGCAUCAGUCACCUAGUUCUGGAUGAGAUCCAUGAGCGGAAUCUACAGUCUGAUGUUCUCCUGACCAUUGUAAAGGACCUGCUGGGGACCAGGGAUGACCUCAAGAUCAUCCUCAUGAGCGCCACGCUCAACGCCGACAAAUUCAGCAAGUACUUUGGAAACUGCCCCAUGAUCCAUAUCCCUGGCUACACCUACCCAGUCAAGGAGUACCUGCUGGAGGAUGUGGUGGAGAUGCUCAGGUUCCGGCCGCAGCAGCAGGACCGGCGGCCCCGGUUCCGGAGAGGCUUCAUGCAGGGUCAGAGCGCGUGGCCUGAGAAGGAGCAGAAAGAGGCAGAGUACAAGGAGAGCUGGCCCUGCUACGCCCGCACACUCAGAGACAGGUACUCAGACAGCACCAUCGAUGCCCUCGAGAUGAUGGACGAGGAUGACAAGAUCAAUCUGGAGCUGAUUGCAGCACUCAUCCGCCACAUCGUGAUGAACGAAGACGACGGCGCUAUCCUGGUGUUUCUGCCUGGCUGGGACAACAUCAGCAGCCUGAACGAUCUGCUUAUGGCCGACCAGAUGUUUAAAUCCGAUAAGUUCAUCAUUAUUCCACUGCACUCUCUGAUGCCCACGGUCAGCCAGACACAGGUUUUUAAAAGGCCGCCACCCGGAGUCCGGAAGAUUGUGAUCGCCACGAACAUCGCAGAAACCAGUAUUACUAUAGAUGAUGUGGUGUAUGUGAUCGAUGGAGGGAAGAUCAAAGAGACGCACUUUGACACCCAGAACAACAUCAGCACUAUGACUGCGGAGUGGGUGAGCCUGGCCAACGCCAAGCAGAGGAAAGGACGAGCCGGCAGGGUGUCUCCAGGUAAAUGCUAUCACCUGUAUAACGGUCUCAGGGCGAGUCUACUGGACAGCUAUCAGCUCCCUGAGAUCCAGCGCACCCCACUGGAGGAGCUCUGCCUGCAGAUAAAGGUACCACGACUAAGAGUGGGUGUGGGUGUGUGUGUGGGUGUGGGUGAGAAUGGGGGUCUAUGUUCUCCUCUGUGUGGUUGGUGGUACACAGUGGAGAUCAGUGAGUGA